UUUGGCAGUUCACACAAUUUGGAUACCUUGGGUUUAAAUUAUCUUCCAAAUUGUCUCAGAAUGGUUUAAUUAGUAACACAUCUGGUGCCUGCUCUUUUCCAGUACAAGAAUGCUCCCAGUCGGUGUAAAGAAAAUAUUAUUUUGCGAACAUUGGUAGAACAAAAAGACACUAAACAGCUUGCUAAUCUAUCUGGGGCUCAGCUGUCUGAUGCAGUAGGGAAUUGCGUUUGUCGCUGGAAGGUUUAUAAUUAUCACUGAAUUAAAAAAGGAAACUGCUUCAAGGGACAGCACUUGAGGUCUGCACAACACACUCUGGAAUAGAACAAACUGAAGCCAAUAUUCCGAAAAAAGGAGGAAUUAGAAGCUAAAAAAUGGCUGGGCAUGAAGACAAGCAAGCAAGCAAGGACAAGUAUGAAACCCCAUCUGUUUCUGAGCUCCAACGCCUUCUGAUGGUGAACCGAAAAUCUACUGGACAUGUCAAUGAAGUCUGGCCAAAUAUAUAUAUAGGAGAUGCGUACACUGCACGAGACAAAGGCACACUGCUUAAUCUUGGUAUCACCCAUAUUGUCAAUGCUGCUCAUGGAAUAUACCAUAUUAACACUGGAGCCAAGUACUACAGUGACACGCAGAUGCAUUACCUUGGCGUAGAGGCAGAUGAUGACCCCGAGUUUGACUUGAGCCCAUUCUUUUAUCCGACUGCUAAGUUUAUAAGGGCAGGUCUUAAUUCACCGAAAGGGAAAGUGUUUGUCAACUGUGCAAUGGGUGUCAGUCGUUCUGCAACUCUGGUGUUAGCCUACCUAAUGAUCUGCAAGAAUGUGACUCUGCUGGAAGCAAUCAAGGCAGUCUGCGAACACAGAGAUGUCUUUCCCAAUUCGGGAUUUCUGAGCCAGCUUAGACAACUAGACCUCGCUCUAACACUAGAGAGAAGAAAGAAAAAGAAGCCACAGUAAUUCUAAUUAUAAUGUAUCACUCUUCUGCUUAAAGAAGCAGCUUCUACAAUUAAUAUUUUUUAACAGUUUGAAUAAAGCAUCCUAGAAAUAUAAUUAUAAAUAUAUAUAUAUUUAUAACUGAAUUGGAAUGCCCUUGAGUUGUACAGCAAAUAAAUAAGUCCUCUAUCUUUAA